CUUUACCCCUGGCCCCUGACUCAACGCCGGUGGAUGCCCUGCCUGCUUUCAAGAGAAUCCUCCCUUGUUUCUGGAGCAAGAGGCGGGCUCUUUGGAAAAAGCAGGAAUGCGCUGAGAGUUUUCCUCGCAAGCUGUCCUCCUCCUCCUCCUGCCUACAUGUUAAAAAUUGCCCGUCCUGACAUGGAGCUGUGGCCACUGGGUCUCCUGUUCGUCCAGAUCUGUCUCUGCUCCGGAUAUGAAGGGUCAGGGCACUAUGGUUACGGAGACGACGAGGACUGGUAUUCUCGUAGAUAUAAAGGAACCCCGUGGUGUGCGCCCAUUAAGCUGAAGCAUGGUGACGUGAGCUGCCGCACGCCCAGAGGGGAGCACUACAGGAACGUGAUGGGGACGCGUUGUAAAAUCCGCUGCAAAAGGGGUUACGAAUCCCAGAAUUCAGAGGUGGUGUGCAUGGCCAGCAAGCACUGGUCCUCCAACUACGCUUGUCGGGAGAUCCGCUGCCCAAAGCUCUACAUGCUGGCUAACGGAGGCUAUAAAUGCUCGGACGGCUCCUACUACAACUCUCGCUGCGAGUUCUUCUGCGCUCCAGGAUAUUCCAUGAAAGGCCAGAAAACAUCCGUCUGCCAGUACAACAAGGUGUGGAGCGCUGGAGUCCCCACAUGCAUUGAUAUUGAACCCCCGAAAAUCAAGUGUCCCAAUGUCAAGGAUAAGUGGGCAGAACCAGGAAAACUGACGGCGAGGGUGACUUGGGACACACCUGAGGGCAUCGACACUGCAGACGGCAUCCUCACAGAUGUGACCCUGAAAGGGAAGCCAUCAAAAUCCGACUUCCCAGAAGGCCUUCAUAAGAUGUCCUACAGUGUGUUUGACCGGGCUGGGAACAAAGGGUCCUGCCACUUCACCAUCAGAGUGCGAGUGCGUCGCUGCAGCCCUCUGUUCCCUCCAGACAACGGCUACAUGAAGUGCGACAGUGACGGAGACAACUACGGCGCUACUUGUCACUUCUCCUGCACCGGCGGCUUCGAGCUGCAGGGCAGCGCUGCCAGAGUGUGUCAGUCUGGACUCUCCUGGUCUGGUUUAGACACAACGUGUGCACCCAUGAACAUAAAUGUGGGGGUGCGUUCGGCCGCGGCGCUGCUGGACCAGUUCUACGAGAAGCGGCGGCUCCUCAUUAUCUCGGCGCCGACGGCUGCCAAUCACAAUUACCGUUUCCAGAUGACUAACCUGCAGCCCGCUCAGUGUGGACUGGACCUGAGACACGUCACCGUCAUUGAGCUGGUUGGGACUUAUCCAGCUCAAGUUGGCCGAAUCCGCCACAGGCUUCUCCCGCCUGGACUGGCCCUGCAGAUCAGGAUACUGCUCCGGAUCCCUCAGAGGUCGUUCCAAAUGGUGCUGGUGGACAAGCAGGGCAUAGACAAGCAGCGCUACCCGUUCCCCAUCACGGCAGCUGAGUUAUUCACCACCAUCGACACGUUCCCGCUCCGCAAGGACGAGAUGGUGUUACAGCAGGAGGCGGGCCAGUUCUGUCAGUCAUAAAACAGGAGCUUCCCUUCACACACAGCUCAGAUCAUUAUGCUUUAUGCCUCCUCUCUGAACUCCUCCUGUCCUGUCCCCAGUGUGUGUUUAUGUGUGUUUCUGCAUAUGAUCAAAGAUAUCUGGCAUGUUGCUGAUCUGAAGCUGGUCUGAACAGAUCAUACAGUGCUUUGCAGUCACAUCGAGGGCUGGCACUGUGUGUUUUAUUUUAUUUUUUUAUACAUUUUUUUCAGAGCAGAAAUAUGAUUUACUAUUUUGUAAAAAAAAAAAAAAAAAAAGAAACUUUGGGAAAAUUUCUAUUCUUUCUAAUAUUUAUAUCUUGCAUCUUACUUUGCGAUGUACUUUGAAUUCAUAAAACUAAUAAAAAAUGAGUAAU